CUCUCCUAAAACAGAAUCAGUCCAUUCAUGUUGCUUCUCUCUGACUCUGCACGGCACUCCACCAAAGCUUUGCCUUCUCUGAUUGAAUCACUUCAAAACGCACGGCUUUAAUGGAAUGAAUUCAAUUGUCGUUUUCGUUAUUUCUUUGGCUUCUUCAAAAAUGUCGACACCUCUUCAGCCAAUGUUGGAAUCAUAGCACCAAAUCCUUCUCUUUUCUUUUUUUCUCUCUCCAAACACUGAAAACACAACACGCAAAUGGCUUCUCAGCGCCGCCGCCAUCAUCACAACAACAACCGCCUCCGUCUUCUCCUCCCUGUCAUCUCGGCCAUUUUCUUUCUUCUUUUCAUUCUCUUCUUUCUUCUCUCCAUUCUAGCUCCUUCUCCCACCGAUUCGGAUCAGCUCCGUCACAGUACCAGCCACGUAUCGUCUACGGUGAUUGAUGGUCCAAGUGGGGUACCUGUUUUUCGUGUUCCGAGAGAUGGUGGCUCAUUGGAUCGUGAUAUUUGGAGCUCAAGAAAUGCCCAAUACUAUCAUGGAUGUAGUGAUUCUAGCAAGAAGUUUGCAAAAGCUGAAGACGUGACUCGUCCUAAUAGAUACCUGGCAAUAGCUGCUAGUGGAGGCUUGAAUCAGCAGAGAACUGGGAUUGUAGAUGCUGUUGUUGCUGCCCGGAUUUUGAAUGCUACUCUUGUUAUUCCAAAGCUGGACCAGAAGUCUUUCUGGAAGGAUGCUAGUAACUUUUCAGAGAUUUUCGAUGUUGAUCGGUUUAUAUCAUUCUUGUCAAAAGAUGUAAAAAUUAUAAAGCAACUUCCAAAGAAGAGAGGGAAAACUUUGAGUACUUAUAACAUGCGUGUUCCGAGGAAGUGUAAUGAAAGAUGUUAUCAGAAUCGUGUUUUACCAGUUCUUUUGAAAAGGCAUGCAGUUCAGCUGUCCAAGUUUGAUUAUAGACUCUCAAAUAGGUUGGAUACAGAUUUGCAAAAGUUGAGAUGUAGGGUUAACUACCGUGCUUUAAGUUUUACUGACCCUAUUCUUGAAAUGGGUGAAAAACUGGUCCAACGAAUGAGGUUGAGAAGCAAACAUUUUAUUGCCUUGCACCUAAGGUUUGAACCUGACAUGCUUGCAUUCUCAGGGUGCUAUUAUGGUGGUGGUGAUAAGGAGAGAAAAGAACUCAGUGCGAUACGUAAGAGGUGGAAAACUUUACAUAUCAGCAAUCCUGAUAAGGAAAGGAGACAUGGGAAAUGCCCACUUACUCCACUAGAAGUUGGUCUAAUGCUGAGAGCACUGGGAUAUGGCAGCGAUGUUCAUAUCUAUGUGGCUUCUGGUGAAGUAUAUGGAGGGGAAGAGACAUUGGCGCCUUUAAAAGCACUUUUUCCACACUUCCAUUCAAAAGAGACUAUAGCAAAAAAAGAGGAGUUGGCACCAUUUUCUCGAUUCUCAUCUCGAAUGGCUGCAUUGGAUUUUAUCGUUUGUGAUGAAAGUGAUGUAUUUGUUACCAACAACAAUGGUAAUAUGGCUAGAAUAUUAGCUGGAAGAAGGAAAUAUUUUGGGCACAAACCCACCAUUCGUCCAAAUGCUAAAAAACUCUAUCGGUUGUUCUUAAACCAGACCAACAUGACAUGGGAAGUAUUUGCCUCGAAAGUUCGUAGUUACCAGAGAGGCUUCAUGGGGGAGCCAAAUGAAGUAAGGCCAGGCAGGGGUGAGUUUCAUGAGAAUCCAGCCUGCUGCAUUUGUGAAGAUACUGUGCUCAAGGCAAAGAGUGAUUCUUUACCUAGAAAAGUUGGAAAGGAGAUGGAGCAUGCUGAAUCUAAAAAAGAUGUUAUUAUAAGUGACGAUCAGAAUGAUGAUGAUGAACUGGAAUUGUCUGAUAUGGAUGACUAUGAAGAUCAAAGAGGCUUCCCAGAGAAGGGUCUCUACAACGGAACAGCUUUGGAUUAUGAUGCAGUCACCUCUGAGGAGCCUGAGUUGGAAGAAAUGCUUUCAGACUAAACAGUUGUUGGCUCAACCUGUUACUUCUUUCAUGAGAUUUCUUGCCCUCCUUCUGUCCCCUUCAGAAAUUUUGCAGCUCUAGCCAAAAUGUUUUCAACCAUCCUUCCGAAACUUCAUACUGUACAUAGAAACAUCGGAAUGGAGAGAAAAAAGGCAUUUCCAGAUGACAUGUGGAAUAAUGAAUUUUUGACAGCGAGCAAUUUAAGCAAUUCGGAAGGAUCAUUUCAUAAAAUAUGUCAACGGACAUUUGGUCUGGAACAGAAUCCACCGAAGAUUUUUUAUUCCCUUUUGCAGCUCAGGUCGAAUCUGAACUUCUACAUAUGUAGAAUCAACUGAAUUUUAUGUCGGAAACAUUAUUGAGAGUAGAAUGAUAGGCAGCGGCUGUAAAAAAAAUUCAAAGAUCAUUCAAUGAGGUUUUUCUUUUUUCUUUUUUUUUUUUUCUUUUUUUUUCAAAUAACUUAAAUUCAUAGUGAUUUUGCUUUGUCUGUGAGUUGCAGUUGUUUUUGUAUAUUUAUUUAUGAGUAGUUCAAGGAAUUGUGGUAUAAAUCCCUUCUGUAUGAGUUGUAAUUAUCAUCCGUUUGUUGGUUAUUUUUUAGAUAU